AUGCGUUCACCUGGGGACGGUUCAAAUUCAAACAGCCGUUUCCCCCCAUUUCACUCCCUACAAAUAGGGGUCACCAGAUUUCUUCCAACUCUAUUUGUCAUUUUCCUUACUUCACGCAUUUUCUUACUUCCAAAAGUUCCCGCGGCAAGACUUCCGGCCAACAGUGUCCAGAUUCCGGUGGUUCUUUCAUCUUUUCCCAUUCCAAUUACCAGUAAGUUUUUUCCUUCCUCUUUCCAAGCAGAUAGCGUUCUUUUUGCUUCGCCAGACUACAACUAUUCUGUCACUGCACCUCUGAAAAAUGCUAUCGAUUGGGGAUCAAGACCCCCCAAUGUUUGGGCUGAUAAGGCUGCUGCACUUGUAGGUGCUGCCGGAGGUACUGGUGGGGCUCUUCAACAGUAUCAUGUCCGCCAGAUUGGAGUCUUUCUUAAUCUUCAUUUCAUCAAUAAGCCUGAGUUUUUCCUCCGGAGGCCUUUAGUUCCGCCCCAGAAGUGUGAUGAAGAUGGUAACUUGAUCGAUGGGGAAGUCAGAGAGAGGUUGACAGAGGUUCUUUUGUCUUUAUAUGCAUUUACCUUGAGACUCCAGGGCAAGUCUAAAUGAUAUAUAUGCUGUGUUUACUUUCUUCUUCUAGUCUGCUAGCACGUCAUUUCACUCGGUCUAAUGAAUAAAAUUUGAUUCUUUCAUCA